UAACGAUUUUAUUUGGUCACGCUGCCCCUGGGGCUCUUUAAUUAAACUCCCCAGCCCCUUGUGUCUGUAGCAACUCUCAAUGAUCAGUGAUCUGAGGGCAGGAACCUUCCCUGAACCUCAGAGGAAUUGAUUAAAAUGAUGCAGGCUGAUGCUUUAUUCCAGCGUACUGAGAGCGACAACGGCAAGGGCUUUACAGGCAUUCCCCUCUGCCUGUUCCCUGCUGGUGUUUGGCAGCUGCCGUCGGUGCUGAGCCGUAGCCCAUCUCAAGCGGGUGGAGGCUGCGGGAUUUGUGAGCAGGUUCGCACGGAGAGCCUCUCUGACUACACUGUUGGCAAAGACCCACCAGGAGAGAAGACAAGUCAAAGGCAGAACAGAGGGAUGAGGACUCGCCUGGGCUGCCUGUCUCACAAAUCAGACUCAUAUAAUGAUUUCACAGCUAUUCUUCCGGACAAGCCCAACCGGGCUUUGAAACUAUCAACAGAAGAGGCCACAAGAUGGGCAGAUUCUUUUGAUGUCCUUUUGUCCCACAAAUAUGGUCUGGCUGCUUUCCGUGCUUUCCUGAAGACAGAGUUCAGCGAGGAGAACCUGGAGUUCUGGCUUGCCUGUGAGGACUUCAAGAAGACCCGGUCAGCAGCCAAACUGGCAUCCAAGGCCCAGCGAAUCUUUGAGGAGUUUAUUGAUGUGCAAGCUCCUCGAGAGGUGAACAUAGACUUCCAGACACGGGAGUUGACCAGAAGAAAUAUGCAGGAGCCCUCCCUCUCUUGCUUUGAUCAAGCUCAGGGGAAGGUGCACAGCUUGAUGGAGAAAGACUCUUACCCCAGGUUCCUGAGAUCCAAAAUUUACACAGACCUGCUGUCUCAAACCCAGAGGAGGCUCAGCUAGAGCAGUGAUGGGGCCCUCAGAAACCAUGUGCUUCCCACAGCAGCAAAAACCCAUGUCUAAAUGUGAAACUUCAUUGGUGUUAAAGGCAGUGGGAAUAAGAAGAGGGGGAGGAGCGGAGAAGUGGGUUUCCAGACUGUGAUCCAAAUGCAGUAUAAGGACUCUUUGUUUGAGUUUCUGUGCUUUUUUGGUUAGCGGUAGCACCUUGCAGUUGUUGCCUCUCUCUGGCCCAAAAGCAUAACCUCUGUAGUCACUGGGUCAUGUUUUGGGAAGGCAGGUUUCCGUAAAGAUUACUACAUUGGUUUAUGUGUAAAUAACGCCACUCUACCCCUCCAUCCUUCCAGACAGGUCCCUGGCUCUCACCUAUCCCCUAUGUCUGGAGGGGCCUUAACGGCAGUUCUGAAACUUGUGUGGUCAAGUGCAAUCUGAAGUGCUGUCGCUCACCCUGGCUGCUCUGGGGUCUGGAUCGUGGGUGGAGAGGAGGGAGAGAAAGGAGGCAAAGAGAAGGCAAAGGCAGAUAAUUCAUACUGCUUCCCAGGUGGAGGCCAUCAGCUCACCUUUCCAUUUUGAUUGCAUACCUUAUGACACGAGCCGCUACCCUCACAGCCCCUCCGCACCUCUGACAUGCUUAUCUUCCGGGGAUGGAGACUAAAUGUUACGUUUGUAAGACUGUCAAGGAGCUGAGUUUUUCUCAUGAGAAGGUAGUUGCAAAAGCUCUUGCUAGACCUAGUCCGGCAAGUCUGGUACAAAUGAUUAUUCUUCAUUAAUGUUAUUUAUUUGUACUGUAGUUCAGCCUCAGGACCCCACUCCUGGUCCAAGUUUCGUUGUGCUAGGCACUGUACCAAAACCUAACACAAAGAGGCUCCUGGCCACCAAAGACAUUACCAGGCUCAGUGGCUUCUCGGGAAGAAACUGCCAGCUCUCAGGAAAGAGUCAAGAGAAGGAAUGUCCUAUCUGUCCUGUGCUGAGAUGUAAGAAGAGCACAAGACCUGUCUGCUACAUCAGAUACCAUUUUUCAUAUAGUACCUGACCAGCACAUGGCAGGAAGAGGUAACAGGAAAAUCACGAUUAUAUUUUUGUUAUUUACUGAUUAUUGACUGUUGUUGUUACCUACCGAUUGCCCACUGUGUAUUCAAUACCACGUAAAGAAAUACUAAAGGCAAAGACCCUGCUGCAUGAUGCUUGCUUCAAAACAGGACACAGGGAAGCACGUAGUGGGCAGGAUGGGAGUCCAGGCAUGAAGUGGUAUGCAAAGCAUAUGUUGUCCCAGUUCCCAUAGUCUGGAUAACCUGGCUGCAGGAGAAGACUGUGCAGAUGUCAGUUGUGUAGCAGCACCUCUGUGCUGUGCAAUAAUACUUAUUAUUUGAAGGUCCAAUUUCUAUGGCAUUGCUUUUCCAGCUUAUCAGCUGCCAGAUUCUUGCCAUAUUUCCUAGAGGAGAAGCAGAUAGCCUAUACGGGAAUUUAAGCCUACAGACCAGAGCUCUACUUUCUUAGUUUUAUGAAGGCCUGGAAAAUGAUCCCAUGGAUCUUUUCCUUCUCUCUUCUCAAUCUUCUACGGAUCACAGGCUGUAAACCACUGUGCUGGUUUAGAAUGGUGGGCUUGGUUCACUAGAAAGCUGAUGAUAAAGUUCCAAUGUAAGAUGGUAUAAACUGGGUAGACUGAAUUCUAAAGCUAAGCAUAACAUAUUUGGAACAAAAUACAAAAAGCCUGCUUGGAUAUUACAAGUUAUGGUCCACGCAUUAGUUAGGAAAAAGGUUGCCUAUUGUAAGGAUGCUGUGCAGGAAAUUAGGACAUCAUGAUAGGAUGGCGAGCACGUUUGUUUUAGUCUGGAGAAGUGUUCCUGUGGUCUCUUAAGACACUGGAGCCUGAAUAUGGUGCAGAAGCCAAAUUUAUGUUCAGAAGGGAAACCUGCUUUUCAGUACCUGGCUGGUUGGCUCUAGAAUUCUCCAGUUAUUUUGUAGACAAAGAUCAUCUCAAGUUUCACUGAGGACUGGUCAGAAAGAGCAGCGUGCUCUGUAGUCCGUGAGCUGGUGUUCCUGGGUGUCUUCUAUCCCUGAAAGGUAACCUGAGAAACAAGGGCCAGAGCCCAGGGUGGUGAGAGAUGUGGCCUGCAGCCAUGCUCAGGCUCAGUGGUGCAACCCUUCUGACUUCUGAGACUGCUGAGGUACGUGGGGUCUACAGAGCCAUGGGAAUGUGUCCAGAGAGGCAAAAGUCAAAGCCUGGACUUUACCGUGCACAUUUCAGUGGCACGACUGCUUGCAAACUUCUUUGCUUCCCAUUUGAAAGUGGAGGAAUGAGCAAGGUUUACAGUGAAAGACGGUCGCUUGAAAGUGCCAGAGAUUUUGCCGUGAUUCAUCCAAGGGGGCUGCAUCAUCUGUUCACUAAAUGGCUCAACUGGCCAUGAGGUUAGUUGUUCAUGGGUCCAUAGCUUUAUGGCAAACAAAGCACCUAGCAAACAAAGCGUAAGGGGACAGUUGUCUGGGGAAACUUGUGCAAUGCCCUGGAAGGAGUCAAAGACAGAAGCAAAUGAUAGAAUCAUGUAUCCAGUGACUGUCCCUGGUGGUAUCUGUGCUACACCACAUGGAACAGUCUCACAUCACCUAUAGAGCCCCCUCCUGCUGUAGGUGAAAGGGAAGGAGGAGGGCAAAUUACCCCACAUUGCGCUGAAACACUUAUUACGUGCCCUAUAAGGGAGGAUGCAAAGCCACAGACUGUGAGGAGGGGCUAGAAGAGCUCCCCUUUCCAGGAAACACUGCAUCCACUAGACCUGCGUUAGGCAGGCCAGACUGGGAGAGAGAAAGGGGACUCGGAGGGAUACAGGUUGAUUUGGCUGCAGUAGUUUCCCUUAAGAUGGCCUUAGGUGCCGGACUUAGGUGCAGUGCUGCUGUGCCUGCAAAAUGGCACUUUGUCCAGUGAUCCAGCUGCUGCAAUGUGGCAGCUCUGCUUCCCAGUGCUGUGGUGUGAAACAGGCUGUGUUGCAAGGGGUGAAGUGAGGCCACCUUGUCUGGCCCUCUUCUCAUCCAUUUUGGGCUCCUCUGCACUGCACACGCAAGAAAAUAUUCCCCUGCUACUGCUAUGGAUGUGAGAGAAGGCACCAGCAGGCUUACACUGUCGUCAUUUUUUAAAGAGAGGGAAGAGGGUCAUGUUAACUGCCUUGCGUAUUGCCUUGUAUUUCUCUUAAACUCACCAAAACACCAUCUGAAUGGGUUUGGAUGAUGCCUACCUCUAUUGCCAAGUGACGCAUCCCAGAUGAGGCUUUUCAGCAAAGUGCCCUACAGUCACCCAUUGGACAACGUUGCUGUGAGGGUCACAGAGACAACCAGGCGGUGAAGAAACAGCAAAAAAAGAUGUUUUUGUGUAGGAAUGAGGUCAAGAAAUUCAGAAGAGAGGACGGUUCCGAGGUUUACCUGAUGGCGAGAAAGGUUGAUCCUGUUCAAAGCGUGACUCCAGAAAAUGCAGUAGAUAACAUGUCUCAGCAGGCAUCUCCAGAAUCAGUGCUGGCAUUCUUUCAAUUUUGGUCAGAAUUCAUCAAAAAAACUCCACAGUAGCCCACACUGUGUAAAAACUAAAUCCCUUCUUUCCUACAUUGGUCUGGGAUACUGCCUUGAGUAGGCACAUUCAGAGACAAUAUUGCUGCAAUUGCAACAGGAGCUAUAUUCAUGCAGGCUGAUGCAGGAUAAGUGUUUUGCCCCUUGUAUUGAUGCCAGAUAAUAUCCUCUAUAAGAAACAUCCUAGAACAUACAAUAGAGUGAAACUUAUUGUCUGAGGGAUAUGAGUCUAUCGCAGUUGUUAUUGUUGCUGCUUUUAAAUUUUGUCUCUCUAGCAGGAAAGCCGCCUAGUUAUUUAAAGUAUUUUAUUUUAAAACAAGAAAUUGGCACCAGCUGCUUCUUUUAUGCCAAAUAUCAGUCUGACGGGUAUUAAAAUAGGCAACUUCUAUCUCUUCCCCUUAAACCAGGGGCUGGUUAAGGAAAUAAUGAGUGAGCCAAACUUCGGAAAGCACUGAGGGAUGACUAAUCCUCAUCGAGGACAAAUAUCCUAUCUUUGAUUCAUCUCUUACUGAUGUGAAAGGGAUAUUCAUAACUUACAAGCCCCAUUUCCUCCCUCCACGAGCGCAUACCUCCAAAAAUUUGCCCGUUUGAAGUAAUGUCAGAGUGCUAUCACAAGAAGAGAGAAAAAUCAUUUCACUUAGCUCUUUCUAUCCUGUGUGUAUGCUGACAUGUACCCAGUCGGCUCUCAAGUCCUUUGACAGCAAAAGGGAAGAAGGGUUUACAGUUGCGUUUUCUUGUUCUAUGAACUUCAGAACUUGUGAAGUCCAGAAGCAGAUGCAGAACCUGAAACUGCUUUGAAUUUCUUAUUCCUGCUUUGCCCUGUCAGUCACACUUGGGAUUAUUCUCGUCACUUUUAUUGUACCUGUUAAUGUACUGAUGGGUCCCUGCUCUCCAUGCUGAGAAAGUGUGAAGGGCAAAGUCCUGCUAGUCUGAGCAUGGGAGGGAAAUAGGGGUGUGUGUGUGUGAGAGAGAGAGAGUGCGUGUGAGUUCAUGUACGUGCUAUUUAGUGUCUCCCACUACAGAAGCCUUUCUGGGAUGUAGAUGUGCAUGUUAGGCUAGGAGAAUUAUGCGUAAGUGGCAUAAAAUGAGAUAUUAGCUAGUAUUGUCUUUGCAUUGUGUAUAAGUUUGACUAGUAAUAAGAGAUGUAAAACUCUGCUAGGCUUCCAGUUACCCCUAAGAGCACAUGUAUCAAACUGAACUGAAUGUUCGCUGAUAGACACAAACCCAAAAUGUUUACAGCAUUCAGAGCAAUAGGAAAGCAUACCUCAUGCCAGUCCUGGAGUGCCUCUCACUUGUCAGUGCAAACUCUCCCCUCCCUUUGGCCUCUCGCUUCUCCUUCUAGACCCCUCUCUCGUUCCUGGUCCUGUCCCUGUGCGCUCCCCUCCUCUUCCUUAUCCUCCCCUCCUUGAAGCACUCCUGACCGUGCCAAACCUUUCUCUCUGCCAGCGCUGCUUGUCCUCCCUGUGUAUCAGCCCUGGCCUCACAUCCUGACCUCCCAUGCUUCCCUGUCUGCAUGCCCGCUCUCCUCAUGUAUCCUUUGUCUCCUCGUUUCUUUUUACCACCCCAGGCACUUAUUUCUGGUCUCUCCAUCGCUCUCCUACGUACCUCCUACUGUUGCUAUAAAGCUCUUAGUAGCUAUCCCUUGCCCAUUACAUAAGAAGAAAACGCUUCACACAAUUUCUGUAUUAGCUUUCAUUCCUGCGGCUGCUGCAGUUGUCUUGUUUCUUGGUACUGUGCUUUCUCUGGCAUUGAAACAUUAUAUCCUAGAACUGGAAUUAAAGUAUAUUUUGCUGCCAGUCCAGAACGCUUUUCUCCUGCUGCACACCCCUUGGCCUUUGCAGAGGCUUGGCUUGUCCCCAGCACUGUGUCUCUUCCCCCGCCGCUGGUGCUCCACGUGCUUUGCUUGCUGGCAGGGUCUGGCUGAGUGAGACGGGAGCUGUGCUCCGUUUCACGGGUUCUAUUCUUAGGUGCAGACUCAGUAGCUGCUUUGACAGGGUCACAGCUGUGCUUCCUUUUAGCUUUCCGAUUAAAAAAAUAGAGUGUAAAUAAAGGUGCGUGCAUGUGUGUGUGUGUGUUACAUUUGCUUAGUAAAGUAAGUCAUUUUGCUCUGUGCCUCCUCGUGGUUUUACUGGAGGGCUGUGUCUCUAAUUUGAGACUGUGUGCAGGAAACUCAACGGGGUCUCGGGGAAGUGUGUGCAUGAGAGGGAGGUGGCAAAAGGAGAUGGGUUUAUUUACCCCCCCAAAACAGAACCUUCUUUGCAAAAAGGUACAAAAGAAAAGGCAGAGCGUGCUGCUGGAGGGACUCGGCAUACCAGGGCUGGCCGGGGAUCUCAGCCAGGGUGGGAAUCACUUGUCUGGUGGCCCCAUACCUCCCAGUGUGGAGCUCCAUCUAGCCAGCGUGUAUUCAGGUUGGCGCUGGACACCAGUACCUCCCUGCUGCUCCUGGGGUGAUUUACUUGUUAUCCUGAGCUAACAAGGGGGAAUUACCCUCAGACUGGCCAGGACUAGUUGCUACAUCUGUAGAUACACCACCAUCUUUCAUCCGUGUGCUGUAUCCCCAAGGCAGAGUCUAAAACAGGACAGAGGAGGAGCUGCUUGACUUUGCAUUUGUGGUGUAGCGCAGAGACAGCAGUGUUACCCUAAGAGAAACAUCUUUGCCUUGCUCUGCCAGCGCAUGCAGUCACCAGCUAAAAAGGGAAGAGGGAAGGAUGCGUUUCAUGUUGUGUUUGCUUAUGCAAGAGAACUGGCCUCUGUGGGAUUACGGAUAAUGAAAAGAGCGGGUAAUGAGUCCUCCCUAGGGGGUGGAUCCCCCUUCCUUAAAAACCAUGAUUAAAGUAUUUCAUCUUCCUAUAACCUCUCUUCCUCUUCCUGUGCAAGCAAAGCAUCAGGCACAUAGACUUCAGAAUUUUCUUUAAGCUGUCUGGCACCUCUAUCCUCCGUGGGAUGAAGGUAUCCCACUGGGAGGAGGAGGCUUUGAGGACCUGAAUCAAUAGCCAAGCACCAGUCCUGAAUAAGGUAUGGUUUAAGAUGUCUUUGUUCCCUGGGACACAGGAUUGUGGGUGGCUCAGAAGGGAUUUAGGAGGGCUUCAGUGUGUGGAGCUAAUUCAGAACUGAGCCACCAGGUAUCUGGACAGAAAGACCAACUCUUUUUAAGAUCUUCCCCAUGCCGUGUUUCUGUUUUAAUUAGGUCCUUAUGCUGUCAGUGUCUCCGCAGCAUCGGGGUGCUACUGAUUUUGUUAGAUCAAUAGCAGGAGCAGCUUGUUCGGUCUGAUUCCUUCCCGUUCAGGUGAAAGCAUGGGCUUGGGUGCAGUUUGACGUUCCCUCUGCAUUACCUGCUCGUUUGCUUGAGUCACCUCUGCCGUAUCAGAUGUCUGACCACCGAUGAUAUUCCCACUUAGUUGUGUCACUGCGUUGUGAAGUAUUAUUUACCUUUACUGUAUAGAAACUGUGAGGACAUAAUAAACAGCCUGAGAACUCC